UAAAAAUCACCGGCAAAUGUCUAAUUUAAUUUUGUUUCAUUUCCUGUAGACAUCCGCUUCCCCCACCCCUUGAACUAGAUACAUGCUGAUAUAGAGAAUGAGGCCUUAUUAGUCAUUAACUGGUUAAGUUACAUGUUGAUAAAUAUAGAUUCAACAGGUAGCAGUGUCCGAAGUGAGAUGAGUAAUCCGCCGGUACACAUUAAUGUUUGAUACAGAAAACAGACAAGCAUGUUGUGCACGGGCCACAUUGCCCAGUGACUGUCGUCUGCUGGUCCAGGUCAGUUUAUUUAGAUUGCCCCGAUGUCCGCCGGCUAGCCUUAUCAGAUUUGGUUGAAAGAUGACCGUUUACACGGUUUAAGCUACGAAAACAGUGGGUGGUUGCGCUUAGUAUGCUUUAUCCAUAGGACUGACCGGCCUGCUGAUUAACUUGACUUGAAGUGGGCUUCCUCUCUUUUUUCGCCGUCAAAGCAACCUCUUGUGUCUCACCCGACGUCUGCAAGCUUACGCAGGGUCGAUUCGCGGAGAUUGAAACAAAAGGGAACGCUAAUGACUGACGAUAAGUUCAUCAAGAACAAUAACAACACGGAUUUCCAGCUGGAAAAGGUCGCCUAUGCGUGUUAUAACACGAGACAGCGUGGAUUUUAAGCAGGCAUUGUCUCCGAGCCCCGUGCUGUACAAGGUAGCUAUAGUAGGCCUUUAUGAAUAAGUACCCAGUUUCCCUGCCUUUAGGCGCUAGCAAAUGAGGCCGCUAAUAUUUCAAUGUCGUUGUACAUGACACAAUCGUCAACCCCUUAAUGAGUGUGAGAUCACGACGCACGCGGAUAUAGAUAGCAACUCGACAGCGAGGUUGGGGCAUAACAAUACGCCGAACGCCAAGAAAUCGGACGAAACCACAAGCAAAGUGAAAGCGGGGGAGGAAUUCACGGUGGAAUUUACGGACUGUUCAAAUCCUGUUUUGGAUUUCGAUUCCAUCUUCCGUCUUCUUCACCUUGAUGAUGCCAACGGCUUACUUUCAAAGCCUCACAUCUUAACUUAAGUCCAAACACGGGCAACAACGGCGAAACUUAGGAUUUUACAUAUCUAAGGCAUCCUAACUUGAUCUCAUGACGACGGGUCAGGACCAAGGAUCACACCCGGGGGAAAUGACAGUGCAAGCGGCGGCGACACCGGAGUCACCCUCCCGCGACGUGGUAGAGAGACCUCCCAGCAUUGCCCACACUAUCCCCGAAGACGUGGUGGCGUUUUUGAUCAUCCUUACCUACUCGCCUCUAGGGUACAUUUUCCAGAAGUACUGGGCCUGGGAUCCUCGCGUGGUGUACCUUGUGGCGCUGGUGCUCCUGUAUGCCACCUUGGAGGCCCUGAGAUACGUGAGAAGAUGGAGAAUUGAGGACGUGGAAUUCAUUUUUUCAGGAGAAGAAUUACAGACCCUUCUACAUAAAGGAUGUCAUUUUCUAAAGAUGCGCUCUCGUGGACGCACGUACAAAAGAUUCUACGUCGUGGACGAACAAAACAGACUUGUGUACGAUGGCUCGAAGAAGCCAGGAAGGAAAAAGAACGAGGAAAUCGUCGUUGAUAUAUCUGACAUAACAGAUAUAAGGGAAGGGUGGGAGACAGAAACCUUCAAGCAAAAGAAGAAAAAGAAUGUGCAGCAAACCUGCUGCUUUUCUCUGGUCUUUGGGCCAAAAGACAAAACGUUAGACCUUGUUGCUGACACGGAAGAACUAAGAGACAAGUGGGUGAAGGGGCUGCGAUUCAUGCGCAAGAAAAAGAAAGGAGGUGAAAUUACUAGUCACUUUGAAGAUUGGAUAGAAUGUAAAUUUCGCUCUGCGGACACGGACAACAAGGGAUACCUGACCUUUGACGAAGUCUUGGAUAAACUGGCACGUAUGCACAUUCCAAUUGACCGAGAACGUGCUAAGAAGUUCAUUAAGCGCAUUCGAGGAGACAAGGAUAAUAAAAGUGAAAAAGACAGCAAAACGUCCAAAGACCCUGAGGCAAUCAGUAUUACACACUUUAUCCCAUUGUACUUCUUGGCCAUAAAAAGGGUCGAUCUGGACUGCAUAUUUGAGAAGUACGCAGAAGGCACAGACGUCAUGGACCUUUACGACCUCGCCGAUUUCUGGCGCAGACAACAACAUAACGCAGACGCUACUCGUGAAGAUAUUCAACGACUUCUUCAAGCCCACGAACCAAUUAAAUCUGCCUUUCAGCUUGGUCUUAUGACGAAACAAGGAUUUUUAUCUCUCCUCCUGGAUCAACACAUAUUUAACCCUGAUCACAGGCGUGUAUACCAAGACAUGGAACAGCCCCUCGCACAUUACUACAUUGCUACGUCACACAACACUUACCUGACAGAGGACCAGAUUCGCGGUCCCAGUAGUGUGGACGCUUACGCCAGGGUGCUACUUAAAGGAUGUCGAUGUGUAGAGUUGGACUGCUGGGACGGUCCAAAUAACGAACCCAUCAUUUACCAUGGACGCACGUUGACAUCGAAAAUCUUAUUCAGAGAUGUCGUGAAAACAAUCAAUGAUAAUGCAUUCCAAAAAUCAAGUUACCCUGUGAUUCUGUCUAUCGAGAACCAUUGUUCUCUGGUUCAACAGAAGAUCAUGGCUAAAUACUUCAAAGACAUAUUUGGUGCCAAAAUAUGCACCGACGCCGUCUCUCUGGCACUGGAGAAGCUUCCGUCACCCGAGAGUCUGAAAGGAAAAAUACUAAUCAAGAACAAGAAACUUCCCAAUGACGUGGAGGGUGACGCUGACGUCGUAGUGGACGAAGAGGAACUGGACGAGGACCUCAGCGUCGAAGACUUGGAGAACGGCAACUCCAAGACUCUAGAGAACGGAGACUCGGACGCACCACCCCCGUCCCCAACGCCCACGACCCCUCCUCAUCUCACCCGCGAUCUCUCCCUCGACAGCAGUAUUGAGCGCUUGGAGGCAAUGGACAGUAUUAAUUUAAACACAACCGGAAGCACAAAAAGCAUCGAGUACAUUCAGCAGCAGGAGGCCACGAGCCAGAAGAGAAAAGAGAGUAGCGGAAAGGUGUCGUCCCUGAGGAACACGCUGCUGAGAAGAACGGGGACGAGCGGGACCAAGGGCUCCAAAGAUUCCAGUUCUAAAAGACAGAAGGUCAAGAUAAAACUGGCCAAGGAACUGUCGGACCUCGUGUCUUACUGCCAGGCUGGUGGGUUCCGGAGCUUUCAACAUUCCAUGAUGCAUCAAAAAUGUUUCGAAAUGUCCUCAUUCGUCGAAAACAAGACGCUGGCUCUGAUCCGUGACGAACCUAUAGAUUUUGUGGACCACACGAAGCGACAGCUUAUUCGUACAUACCCCAACGGACGCCGAGUGGACUCCAGUAAUUACUGUCCUCUUCCUAUGUGGAAUGUGGGAUGCCAGCUUGUGGCACUCAACUACCAGACAGGUAGCAAACCUAUGGACCUGAAUGAGGCCAUGUUCACGGACAAUGGAAAGUGUGGAUAUGUGCUGAAACCCGAUUUUCUUCGAAAACCUGAAAGCACGUUCAGUUGCUUUGGUCCCUUCAGCAAUGCGUGGCAAAAAUCGCUCAAAAUUAAGAUAAUCAGCUGCAGCCAACUUCCUGUCACCAAAACGCAGAACCCUUACAUCAAAGUUAUUAUAGAUGGCGUGGACAGCGACCACCAGAAAUACAAGACCAAGACAAUCAAAGACGAUGGCUUCAAUCCUCACUGGAACGAGGAAGCCACCUUCCAAGUCAAGGUUCCUGAACUGGCUUUUGUCCGCUUUGCCGUACACGACUAUGAGUCCAAAUCCAAAGACAACUUUCUGGGACAGUACACGCUGCCCUUUAACAGCUUACUGCCAGGUUAUCGACACGUGCCGCUGUUGUCCAAGCGUGGGGCGUCACUGUCUCCUGCCUGCGUUUUCAUCCAUGUGUCCAAGGAAUGAGACUGUCUUGACAUUCCUGGUGGCGACAUUUGGCAAUAAGUAAUUUGAAAGAGAAAUGCGCCUCUUUGCGUUUCUCUCUUGCGGUGACAUUUUUUUUCAAGAAAAGCAUCUGCUAGGUUGGAUUACAUGUUAAGGUUUAGAAUAUGGGCUUUCCAAAAACCCAGCUUAAACUUUGUUGAUGUUCUUAUAUAAGUAACACAUAACUCAAAAUGUUCUCAAACAUAUUCUCAAAAAGAAGCCAGUGUGUUCAAAAUGUCCCCAUCCCAGGACAUAUAAUUGGAUAAAACAAUUGUCAUGAUACAGUAGGUACUUGUAAGCAAGUGUAGCGUAUGCUUCGCAACACGUUUCCAAUAUUUCCCAAAAUAUCCGCUUAAAUUCAUCAGUGAAUUAUUGCUGCACUAGACGGACAAUAAGCUUACUGCCACUAUAUCUUUCUUAAUACGCUGUAGAAUUUUUCGCAUAAACGUCAUGUCGUUGAUUUCUCUUAUGUAGAUGUACGUGGACAUAAAACUAUCAUAUUGGAAUCAUUCCUUGUUUUUAAUUUUCAGGUGAACAGAAAAUAUUGUGUUUUGCCGAAAUUUAUUUUGGUUUUCUUAAUGCUAUUUCUUCGUAUUACUUUUGAUGUCAGUAUUUCACGUGUCUACUUGUGUAGGUUUAGACAAGAUAUUCGGAGCGUACAAGCAGGUCUUGAGAUGACUAUUAUUACUUCGAAUGCUGAAAGAACUCUAAUUGUAUCUUCCUUGAAUAAAUAGCCUGAUUAUAUCCUUUA